AUGGGUAUCAAACGUGCGUUUACACCGAUUUGCAAGACAAAUGUCGCAACGCUCGGAGAAUAUCUCUAUCAGAUAAUAUCCGAGAAUGCACCGGAUGCGGUUAAAUCUGGGGAGAUCAAAAACCAAUUUGGGAGAAAAACUGAUUACAUCCGCGAUACCUUAGAAUCUAACAUAAGCUUCCUCAUCGCCGUCCGUUCCGACGGCCAGCAACUCAUGAACGAAAGCGGCGAAACAACCUCUCAUCUCAUGGGUCUCUUCUACCGAACUCUCCGCAUGGUCGACAAUGGGAUAAAGCCCCUCUACGUCUUCGACGGCGCUCCUCCAAAGCUGAAAUCCGGCGAACUGGCGAAGCGAAUUGCGCGGAAACAGGAGGCUGCGGAGCAGCACGAGGAGGCCAAGGAGACGGGGACGACGGAAGACGUGGAGAAGUUUUCGAGACGUACGGUGCGAGUGACGAGAGAACAUAAUGAGGAGUGUAAAAAGCUGUUGAAGCUGAUGGGGAUACCGUAUAUCAAUGCGCCGACGGAGGCUGAGGCGCAAUGCGCGGUUUUGGCGAGGGCGGGAAAAGUAUACGCGGCCGCGUCGGAGGAUAUGGAUACAUUGUGUUUCGAUUCGCCGAUUUUAUUAAGGCAUCUUACGUUCAGCGAGCAGAGAAAGGAGCCGAUUCUUGAGAUACAUUUGGACCGGGUUCUAGAGGGGCUGGGGAUGGAUAGAAAAACGUUUGUCGAUUUAUGCAUUCUUUUGGGCUGUGACUAUCUCGACCCAAUCCCCAAAGUCGGGCCCAACACCGCACUUAAACUGAUCCGCGACCACGGCAGCCUCGAAAAAGUCGUCGAAGCAAUGAAAAAUGACCCUAAACAGAAAUACACCAUCCCCGACGACUGGCCGUACGAGCAAGCCCGAGAUCUCUUCUUUGAACCCGACGUGCGCCCUGCAGACCACCCAGAAUGCGAUUUCAAAUGGGAGGCUCCUGAUGUGGAGGGCCUGGUGAAAUUCCUCGUUGAAGGAAAAGGGUUCAGUGAGGACCGCGUGCGUAGCGGAGCGGCAAGGUUGCAGAAGAAUAUGAAGACGGCGCAGCAGUCGAGGCUAGAGGGGUUUUUCAAGCCGGUUGCAAAGACUGAUGAGGAGAAGGCAAGUUUGAAAAGGAAGCAUGAGGAGAAGCUGGAGGCGGCGAAGAAGAAGAAAAAGGAGGAUGCAAAGGCGAAGCGGGAAGCGAAAUCGAGGCCGAAAGGGACUGCAUAG